AUGGAUGUGAACAGAAAACCAGAAUUUUUAUCACUUGACGUUUCAUUGGAUUUUAAAGACGAACGUAAAUCAUUCCGUUGCCCGCAAUGUAAAUACGUAACGGACCGCAAGAACAAUUUGAAGAGACAUAUAAUUACGAUGCACCAGGAGAGUUCGAAAUCGUUGGAAUGUUGUGGUGUUUUGUUCAAAAGUAAAGCGUUAUUAAGGGAUCACGUUAGUUUAUUCCAUAGAGGAGGUUACUGCUGCCAGAUUUGUGGUCGUAAUUUUUGCCGAAAAGCCUUGCUUCAUCGACAUCUGACGGUACAUAGUGGACAGAAAGACUUUUCUUGCAGUCAGUGUGGAUAUGCUACGAGUCAUAAAAGCAAUUUAGAGCGUCACCAAAAGGUCCAU